AUGGAGGGUCCCAACAUCCUUACUCUGCGAGACUGCACAGUGAUCGCUAUUCUCGAUAUUUUUGGGAUCACUUAUUUUUCUUUAUUUACACUUCAAUGCCUACUUCUUCAUUUUCCUCUGUCCAAUACGGGCAUAAGUGACUCGCUCGCGACACUUCUUUUCGGCUCUGGUGUCGUCUCCUGGUGUUUCCUUAGUCUCGCCUACCGUAUCCUCCUCGUCCUUGGUAGCACUGAUGCAUGCGAUUGGGAGAAGCUGGAGUUUGGGGGCAUCCUGCUAUUGAUUUAUACAACCACCAUCUCCUACGUCGCUCUUCAGUUCUCUACUCGCCCCUUGGUGCAGCUCGGGUACAUUUGCGCUAUCUCUUUGCUUUUCGUGGGACAUCUGGUCGAGGUGCUGGUACAACCCUCGGGCACUCCUGUGACAAGUCUCAAGUUUCAAUAUCACUGUACCUCCUUUGGCUUGCUUGCCCUGGUACCGAUUAUCCAUAGUCUCGCAGAGCCACUGGGCCAGCCGAUGCCGCUUACUUUGGAAAUUGCUCGAGUUGCCGUUUAUAACGGUCUUGGAGCCAUGCAGUAUUUUGUCCGGCCGCUUGAAAGAAUGGGCCUAUUCCAGGGAUGGCAACCCAGUUUGUACAUCAUGUAUCUGGUUCUUAUCUAUAGCGCUGUAAUGCUAUCACCGAAUAUUAUUCCUGCAGUGCACUAG